AUGGAGCGUGUCUCCGCAAAUGCUGGCCAAGCCAAGACUGGGUGGCGCGAGGUGUGCUCGGUCAUCUACGAUGUGAACAUAAUGGGUAAAAGGGGGCCACGCAAAAUGACAGCGGUCAUUCGCGCUGUCGACGAUAACAAAACAGACGAGCACAUUGUGACGCUGUGGAACAAGAUGCCAGAGUGGUGCGACGAGAGCAGAGCGUAUGUGCUGGACUUUGGUGGCAGAGUCCGUCUGCCAUCAGUCAAAAAUUUCCAGCUGAUGCAUCCGGACGAUGAAUAUUACACGGUGCUGCAGUUUGGAAGGGUCGGGCCGGACUCGUUUACGCUUGAUAUGCGCUUUCCAAUGACCCCGCUCAUGGCCCUGGGAAUUGCGGUGUCCUCGGUGGACCGAAAGCUGGCUUGCAGUUGA